GGCGGCCGCCGUUGGACCAUGGAACCGAGCGACACUGAGAGAGCAUAAAUGAGCAGCCAAGAUCCCGCAUCGACGAGGGAGGGGCGCUGACCAACGUCGACCCAUUCAACUGUUUAAAUAAACACGCACGAUGUCGCAGAGGCCCGAGGGAUCGAGAUCACCCACGCCGCCGGCGUCGAUGCCCGCCAUCGUCAUCAAGGCCAACGAAUUCCACGUCGACUCUAAAACCCCGUGCCGGCUCGUUUUUGUGAUCCCCCUCGAGCUUCCCUCACUCCUCGACUCCUCGGUCCCGCCGCCGCCGUACUAUCCCCCUAACAACAUCGAUCGGUGGGCCCUCCAGGAUUCGACUAUGACGGCACUCCGGCCCGCGGUCGUCGGGGCCCUGUACACGGUCCUGGGUCCCGACGCGGCCAUCUCGGAGAUGGUGCCGCGCGGUAACCGCGACUGGAUCCAGAGGAGCCCGUUCGUGUCCAGGGUGGUUACCGACAGGUCCAAAUUCGACCCGGAAUCGGGCGACUGGACGGACCAGUACGGCGCUAUCGGCUCCGGCGCGAAAGCCUAUUUCGAAUACCUCGACCAAAUCGCCAUCAUUGAGGCCUACCGGAUCAGGGUCGACCAGGGUAUCAAAGAUAACAAGACGAACGUGCUGGUGGUUGAGCUCAAGGCAAUGCCGGUGCUGCACGACGGGAAGGUGGCGUUUGUUGCGAGGAAGUAUGGGGACGCAGAGCAGAAGCAUUUUAACCAUAAUAUCUGGCUGGAUGAGUGGUAAAAGGGGUUUACGGGCGUGUGUGAUUUUACUUUUCCUAGCAGACUAACGACAGACCUUGUGAUGCCUUUUAAAUGACUGGAGCAAGUUGAGGUUCCCUUUCUUGGUCUAUCUCGUGCUAGCGGGCGCCGCCACCUUUUACCGCUCUCCCCUCACCCCCCGUUCCCCUUUCUACAAACGAAUGUCACACGGCAUAAGCCCAC